AUGAGUACUUUAAUAGCAAACCGUGCUCAAUCGGCUUAUCCUCGGCCAUCGUAUCAAACCGAAACAAAUAAUCAAGAUGUUAAUAUUAAAAAACGUCCUACAACUAGUGUAAAUCCUCAUCAACCAUUUACGGAUAUAUUCGAAGAAGCUGCUCUAAGAACUCUUGGGUCAGCGACUCUUGCACCGCCAGCAAGUCGUCAUCGUCAACGACCAAAAACUGGUAGUAUUGCUAAUGCAAGAACAGUUACACGACCAACAUCACGGAAAUUGCGUACAAAUGAAGUUGAAAGUCUACUACGAAGUCUCGAACGUGAGGACGCAUUCAUCGUCCAAGUUGACUGUUUAGCUGAUUAUAGAACACUUGUAGAAACCAUUGAUUUACGUAGAACACCACUUGAUUGUCAAUUAUUAUGUGCUUUACAACAACGUGAAAAUUGUAUUGUCCAACAAAAUGCUUGUCGAGACACACGUUUUCGUUCAUUACUCGACAUACUUGAGCGACCACAUGUAGCCGGAGCUGAUGCACAAGCCCAACCGACCAAUGACAAUCAGAGUAGCUUGUCGGACUAUCCGCCCAGUGAUUUUCCGUACGAAUAUAUAAAAUAA